GGCUGAGGAGACACGUCUUCGCCGCCCUUUCCCGGCAUUCGCUGCUCCUCCCUUCGCGUCUCGCUGCCUCUUUUCCUUCCGCUCCCUCAGCGCAAGGCGGCGGCGGCGGGCGGACUCUGCCGCUUUCCCCGCGCGCGGCGGCGCCAUGGCGGACGGCGAGGCGGCGGCGGCGGCGCCUGAUCCAGGGCUUUCAGCUCGGGGAGCCGGCAUUGCCGGCAGCGCAAAGGGGCUGCUGCAGAAGGGCUUCGACAUGUACGUGCGAGAUCCGUUCGACGCCGCUCACAACCCUCAGGGCAUUUUGAAUUUUGGAACAAGUGAGAACAAGCUUUGCUUUGAUUUAAUACAGGAAAGGCUCGUAAAACCUGACAUGGCUUAUCUGGAACCUCACUUACUUCAGUAUUCAGAUACACAAGGCAUUAAAAGUUUUAGAGAAGAAAUUGCAAAGUUUCUUACGGAAUAUGCAAAAGCUCCAACAGCACUAGAUCCAGAUCAUUUUAUAGUUCUGAAUGGCUGCUGUGCCGUCUUUGCUACGCUGUCAACUGUGUUAUGUGAUCCUGGAGAUGGGUAUCUGAUUCCUACCCCAUAUUAUGGUGGAAUAAACUCCAAAGUGCGGCUGUAUGGUGGAAUGCAACCUAUCCAUGUGCCCUUGUUCAGUGAGGUGACUAAUGAAGAAAGUCGACCAUUUCAGUUAACUGUUGAAAAAUUAGAAACUGCACAUCAGAGAGCCAUAGAACAGGGCAUCAGAGUCAGAGCUUUAAUCCUGAUCAACCCUCACAAUCCAUUAGGGGACAUUUACCCAGCACAGUUACUGAAAGAAUGUCUAGACUUUGCACACAGACAUAAAUUACAUGUAAUAAUGGAUGAAAUUUAUAUGCUGUCUGUAUAUGGUGAUGCCACAUUCACAAGCAUUCUUAGCUUGGAGAGUUUACCAGAUCCAGAUCGGACACACUUUAUGUGGGGAUUCAGUAAGGAUUUUGGCAUGUGUGGCAUCAGAGUUGGAGUAUUAUACACCAGAAAUCAUGAGGUCAGGAAAGCAGUUAAUCAGCUGGCUGUUUUCCAUGGUUGUCCUGGACCAGUGCAAUAUGUUCUCAGCCAGAUCCUUCAUGACAGAGAAUGGCUGGAUAAUGUGUUUUUCCCAACCAAUAAAAGAAGACUUAAGGAAGCACAGAACAUUCUUGUGGAUGGUCUUGCAGAGAUGGGAAUACCUGUUUUUAAAAGCUCAGGAGGAUUAUAUGUGUGGGCUGACUUCAGAAAAUUCUUAAAGUCACAGACAUUUGAAGCUGAAAUGGAUUUAUGGUGGAAAAUUCUUGGUGAAAAGCUGCUCAUUAGUCCUGGGAAAGCCUUUUGCUGUUAUGAACCUGGAUGGUUUAGGCUGGUCUUCUCAGAUUCUAUAGACAGAAUCUACUUGUGUAUUCAGAGACUUCAGCAAAUGCUACGUGAUAAAAUAGAUGAACCUAUAGCUUCAUCUCAUGAAGAAAAUGAGCAUAUUGAAUUAGAUGAUGAAACUUCAGCCAACUACAUAAAUACAUCAGUGGAUGAUGUCUCAGAAGGAUAUUCACACUUGAAGAAAAUAGCUGUCUUCUAAGAACCUGAAUGCAAAAACAAAGCAUGGCAUAUUUAUAUUUACUGUAACUCUGACUCCCCUUUGUUUUGUUUAGUAUGGCAGGCAGGCAUUAAUAUUUUGUUGUAACCUAUGGUUACUAAUUUGACUAUGGAGAUUCUACUUAUUUGCAACCUGGCAGACUUUCUGUCCUAUAUUCUCC